UUAGAUACUUGAAAAGAUUUUACCUAGAUCUCUUCUGGUUCUGGUCCCGAACUGUUUCUUUGUUUGGUCACAAUAAAGUCAAAAAAAUAGCGAAAAGGAGAGAGAAAGAGAGCUUGAAGUUUGUCUCUUCGGUUUCGGUCUUCACUGUACUACUGAGUAGGAUCCUUUGAUUUUUUUUCUCUUCAAGUCUUCUUCAAUGAUUUGUGAAGUCAUAAUAGCAGAAUGUUUGGGAGAUUGAAGCUAAUUUGUCCAAGAACGAAGUGAUCUGGUGUCAUCUCAGUUCUUAACUGGUGUACCCUUUUUCGAUAUUUUUGUGAGUUAUGUCAAAUGGGAAACCGGAGAUUGCUUUUUCUGUUGGGGGUGCUUGCUGUUAAUUAUUUACUGUUUCAGUCAAUAUUGGUUCCAUAUGGAAGUGGAAAUGCCCCAUGGUCUUCUGUGCCUCAGAAGUACGAUAAAGUUAGAUUUCCAUCAUUGCAUUCAACACCAAACUACUUCACUGUUUGGAGCCCCCCAAUGGGCUCUGUUUCAGGGUUUUCUAAUUCUUCUGCUUUCAUUGCCACGGUGGAAAAAAUGCCCAAUCCUAUUGUUCAAUUUGAAGUUGGGAACGGUAAGAAAAUGGAAAAGCACAAUGAUGAAAACGGUGACUUAGUCUCUGAAAGAAACAUAUCUAAUGAUGAUGUUUUUGAACAUGGGACAGAUAGAAAUGAUGCUCGCAGUUUAUCUGAGAAGAAAGAUGUUGGAAGAAAAGGUGACAGAUUGGAUUUGGAGAGUGUUGGAUCCCAAAACUUCAAUGCAAUUUUGGCCAAGGGAAGUAAUGUUAACUUUUCAGGGAAGCAAUUUUCGAAAACCGAAGGGGGAGCCUGGUUGGUAAAUGAUAAUAAUAUGGAUUCAAGGGAAUAUGGUGGUGUUCGUGUUCAUAUCUCGCACAGCUCAACUUCCUCUACUAAUGUGACUAGUCUUGGAAAUUUUGCACAGAAAGUUGUCUUUUCUGCCUCAAACAACAGUACUGUAAUGAUAACUCCUAGGAGAAAGAUGAGGUGUAUGAUGCCACCUAAAACAAGAACAUUGAUUCAGGAGAUGAACCACAUUCUAGUACGUCGCCGUGCUUCUGCUCGUGCAACGAGACCCAGGUGGUCAUCCAAACGUGACCUGGAAAUUCUUGCUGCCAGGUUAGAGAUAGAGCAUGCUCCCAUAGUAACACAAGACAAACAACUUUAUGCUCCUCUCUUUCGCAAUCUUUCUAUGUUCAAAAGGAGUUAUGAACUUAUGGAACGCACUCUCAAGGUUUAUAUAUACAAGGAUGGAGAUAAACCCAUCUUUCAUCAACCUAUACUUAAGGGACUAUAUGCCUCAGAGGGUUGGUUUAUGAAAUUGAUGGAGGAAAAUAAAUAUUUUGUUGUGAAGGAUCCUUCAAAGGCACACCUGUUUUAUUUGCCAUUCAGUGCGCGUAUGUUAGAGCACUCCCUUUAUGUACGUAACUCUCAUAAUCGAACAAAUCUCCGUCAGUUUCUGAAGGACUAUACAGACAAAAUAUCCACAAAAUAUCCUCACUUCAACAGAACUGGUGGUGCUGACCAUUUUCUUGUUGCUUGCCAUGAUUGGGCCCCAUACGAAACAAGACACCAUAUGGAAUACUGCAUAAAAGCUCUCUGCAAUGCGGAUGUGACUCAAGGCUUUAAAAUAGGAAGGGAUGUUUCUCUUCCGGAAGCUUAUGUCCGAUCGGUUAGAGAUCCUCAGAGAGAUCUGGGAGGAAAGCCUCCUCAGCAAAGACCUAUUCUUGCCUUCUAUGCUGGAAAUAUGCAUGGUUAUUUGCGUCCAAUAUUGCUAAAGCACUGGAAGGACAAAGACCCUGAUAUGAAGAUAUAUGGCCCAAUGCCUCAUGGUAUUGCAAACAAAAUGAAUUACAUCCAUCACAUGAAGAACAGCAAGUAUUGCAUAUGCCCUAAAGGGUAUGAGGUGAACAGUCCAAGGGUGGUUGAAGCCAUAUUUUAUGAGUGUGUACCUGUGAUUAUAUCUGACAAUUUUGUUCCACCUUUUUUUGAGGUUUUAAAUUGGGAUGCAUUCUCAAUAAUCCUUGCUGAGAAAGAUAUUCCCAACUUAAAACAUAUACUUGUCUCGGUAUCACAAGAGAAGUAUCUCAAGUUGCAACUUGGGGUCAGAAAGGCUCAGAAACAUUUUUUUUGGCAUGUAAAGCCCUUGAAGUAUGACCUUUUCCACAUGACCCUUCAUUCAAUUUGGUAUAAUAGAGUGUUUCAAAUAAAAUUGUGAUGAUCAUACAUACGAGUUCUCUGAACUAGAAAGCAGAUGCAGACCUGACACGAGGGUUCUGAAAAAGAAGAGCAAGUUUCUGAGUAGUGUUUUAGACUGUCCUAUGUGUAUAAAUUCUGUACCAUAUUUUGAUGUUCUUUAAGAUAUUGGUAUGAAGACUUUGGAUACUCUUAGCCUAUGAACUAGUAUUGUUAAAUGAAAUGGUAAUCAUAGUCAGAGUUCUUGACUUUCUAA